GUAACUUAGCUCGUGACGGUUCAACUCAUAUCGCGUGUGUUGCUACUCCAAACCUCUCAGGCGGCUUUUGCUCUGCACAGUUGCGCCAGCAAAGAUGCUCCACACGAGAACCAGCAUGUGCCGGCCUGUGCCGUGCGGGACCAGCCGUCGCGCUCUGGUCGUGACGGCUUCUGGACCCGGCUCCUUCCCCAGCCGUCCCGGCGGCUCCUCCCGCGUCCCCAUGUCCCCGGUGGGAUCGGACGAUGAGGUGCCGUCGGACGCGGAGGGCGACGUGCCUGUGGUGGGCAUCCGGCCGUCGGGCGGAGCCUUCCGCGGCACGCCCACCCCCGAGCCCGGCACCGCGGGCCACGUGGGCGAGCUGGCCUUCACGCGGCCGGGCGGCGGAGCUACGCGCUUUAACAUGCCCUCCUCCUCCUCCUUCACCCCCGCCAGCGGGCCCUCCUCGCCCAUCGACUCGCCCUCGCGGUUCUCCCGUCCCGCUGGCGGCGCCGCGCGCAUGUUCCCCAGCGCUGUGGGCGGCGGCGGUGGCAGCAGCGGCGGCAGCAGCGGCGGCAGCGGCGGCUCGGGCGGCAGCGGCGGCUCGGGCGGCGACGACGAGCCCCUGGGCUUCUCCAGCCUGGCGCCUUGGGCCCUGGCCUAUGUCGGCAUCUGCGGCGCGCUCUUUGCCGCACAUGAGGUGUUCCUGAAGAAGCCGGCGCCGCCGAAGAAGGCUUGCUGCGGGGGCAAGAAGGCCGCGCCGAACGCGGCCGCGCCCGCGCCUGACGCCAAGGGCGGCAAGGGCAAGGGCAAGUGAGGCGGCUGGGUUGGCGGCAGCUUUGGAGGGCUCUGGGGUGAUGGGCGGUAGGCGGCCCGGGAUAGCGCCUCAGCGGCAGUGACGGCCUGUAAGCCGCUGUAGCGCAGCGCGUGUCGCACUGCGGUAGCUGCGCGAGUUGGCAAGUGUUGCCGAUACCGCCGUGUGUGGCCGCGGCAGCACACCGUUGCAGCGGCAGGGGGUUGGUGUGGCCUGUCCAGCGCAGGCGCAACGCUGGUGCCGAUGUCAGGGCCAAGUCCUGCACCCCAGACGCACUGCUGGUUCCAGAUGCUGCGGGGCGGGACAGGUACUGUAGCGGCGAGAGCGCGCAGGCGAUGGCGCGGAGGUGACGUCAGCUACAGGUGACAGCAGGCCUGGGGUGCCAGGUGGGCUUGAAGUGCCUGUGCGUGAUACUUGUUGGAUCGUGACUUCGGCGUAUUGCUUUAUCCAAGUACUGUGGAGCGCAGCGGCGGGUUACCCGAGAGAUACAAUCGAGACUGGACAGGAUUGGUUUAGUACCAUUGUAGCGUGUGUGUAUCGUGGGAUAGGUGGCUUUUUUUCGGGCGGCGGGCAUUGAACUCUACAAACGAACGCCACCGUGGGCGGCGGUGAGUGUAGGACCUGGGAGCUCGGGGAGAUGCACGUGUGCAGGGCAGUAAGCAAAGAUGAAGGUAAGGUGUUUCCAAGCAAAAUUUAAGGAAAGGUAUUUUGGUGUGGUACAGAUAAGCAUGGUUUGCUAUGGCGUGUCCAUGCCGCCAUCUGUUUUGCUGCAUAAUACGGCGUUAAGUCGGUCACGGCGUUUUUUGACGUGACGUGCCGAACAUUGCACCGUAUUGUUCAGGGUCGGUUCCCUGUAAUGGUUUUGACGAGAUGGGGCAGUAGCCACGAAACGGGCAGUAGCCUUUACACGCCUUUUGCAAGGAGGAGCAAUUGCUGUGCAAGGGGGUGUUCAGGUGUGUCCACGAGUGCAUGGCAUAGGAUGCGGUAGCUGGUCAGGGGCACGCGGCUGCCGGCGGCUUCUUAAGCCUUGUAUAGGUGGUGGACGCUUUGGCAGCAGGUGAAGGGCGACUAGCGCAGGCUCGGAAAGCCCUGUUAGCAACGCAGCACGCUCGGAUCAGGCAAUGGUGAAGGGAAUUGUGACGUGGUGGCUGUAACGAGUUUGUUUC